AUUUUAAGAAACGAUAACAAAACGAAACGUUUACCAACACUGCAACAUAAAACGACAACACAUUUCUGAAGCAGACAUCCAAUAGAAAACAUUUGCCAAUUGAAAUUAGAAUGAGUUCAGGAUUUGUUACUGAAUCCGAAGCAGCUGAAGCACGCCAGCGUCGCCAGGAAGAAUGGGAACGCGUACGCCAGCCUGAUGAUCCACUGGAAAGGCCUGAGGAACCAUACGACGGACGCUCGCUAUACGAGCGUUUGAAGGAGCAAAAAACUAAAAAGGAUAUGGAAUAUGAGGAAGCACACAAAUUAAAGAAUCUGAUACGCGGCCUCGACGAUGACGAGGUGCAGUUCCUGGAGCUUGUCGACACGCAUAAAAUGAAUGCGGAACGACAACAGAUGCGGGACGAGGAGCUGGAGCUCAAGGACUUUCGCAAUCGCGUUGAGAAGCUGCAAGAAGAGAGCGUAGACAAGAAGUUGCAGGCGGAGAUAAAAACCACAGCCAAGUCUAUUGGUACCCCAUCGACGGCGCGCAAUACACAAAAGUCGCUGCUGGGACAGGGCAUUAAACGCAAAAAUGGAGAGCUGCCCACAACCAGCAAAAUGGUCAAAAAAGAUGAGGAUGCGCCCGCAGAGAAACUAGCUCCCACUGUGGCCAUAAACACAACAAAACAUGAUACGGGCGGACUUAAAUGCAUUGCCAUAUUGCCCGGCAUUGGUUCCUACACUGAAUCAAGCGACUCGGAGGCAAGCUCAGAUACCGAUGAUCAUGAUCAUGAUAGGACCAGUCUGGUGGAUUUGUGUGGACGCAAGAUAACUAAAAAGAAGCAGUGUGCCGAGUAAAUGGACUUGUUUUCAUUUGUGGGGGCAAACAGUUGUAUUCUGGAGUCUUAAUUUAGUAAUUUGUAGCGUUCUCUGCAACGAAAUAUAUAACCUAGAGAUUAA